GGAAAAAAUAAUUUUCUUCCAUCUUUUAAUCCUCCUCCUUUCACAAAUUAUGGCUUCGAAUUUUCAAAGGAGACAUAGUCAUGGUGUUGGCAAACUUUACUUAACAAAGUUAUUCAAAAGAGAUUCAACCAUAGAUAAUAACAGCCAUUUUAGUUCAACCAUUGAUUUUUUACAAUUGGAUAAAUUUGUUCUUUCUCAAAAGUGGUUGAAACAUAAAGAUCAAAUCAAGAGAUUGCCAGGUCAACCACAAGUCAAAUUCAAACAAUAUGGUGGAUAUGUCACAGUCAACGAAUCUGCUGGUCGUGCCUUGUAUUAUUAUUUUGUUGAAGCGGAUCAGAAUUCCAAGUCAUUGCCCCUUCUCUUAUGGCUUAAUGGAGGUCCUGGUUGUUCUUCACUUGCCUAUGGAGCCAUGGAGGAAAUUGGACCAUUUAGAGUCCAUAAAGAUGGAAAGACAUUGUAUAGGAAUCACCACUCAUGGAAUCAUGCGGCAAAUAUAUUAUUCAUGGAGUCCCCUGCUGGCGUUGGAUUUUCAUAUUCAAAUACAAGUUCUGACGUCAAAUCAAAUGGAGAUAGAACUACAUCCAUUGACAAUUUAAUAUUCUUAUUGAAUUGGAUCCGAAGGUUUCCUGAGUACAAGAACAGAGAUUUUUACAUUGCUGGUGAGAGCUAUGCUGGACAUUUUGUACCUCAAUUGGCAGAAAUGAUUCUCCACCAUAACCAGCUUGCCAAGAAGACUCUUAUCAACUUAAAGGGGAUAAUGAUUGGCAAUUCAGUGAUAAAUUAUGAGACAGAUAAAAUAGGGAUGUUUGAGUACCAUGCAAGUCAUGGCUUGAUACCAGAUGAGAUUUUAGAACAAAUUGAGAGAUAUUGUAACUUCACAGACAAGGCUCUUCCUCAACCACAUGAGUGCGAUAACGCCAUUGAUAUAGCUAUUUCUGAUACUGACCCCAUUGAUCUUUACAACAUAUAUGCCCCUCUAUGCCCUAAUGACGAAGACGACCUCAGUACUGCUUAUUAUACGCACAACAAAAAUUCAGUAAUGUUCGAUCCAUGCAGUGAUGACUAUGUAAUUGCCUACAUGAAUCGUCGUGAUGUUCAAAAGGCUCUCCAUGCCAAUGUCACCAAAAUUAAGUAUAAUUGGCAGCCAUGCAGUGAAGUCAUAGAAAGUUGGACGGAUAGCCCAUUAACAAUAAUUCCUGUUCUCAAAAAAGUUAUGGCAAAUGGAAUACGAGUAUGGAUAUUCAGCGGGGACACUGAUGGAAUAAUACCAAUAACUUCGACUGAAAAAUCUAUUAAAAAGAUGAAGCUUCAUGUUGAAACACCUUGGUAUCCCUGGUUCCACAAUGAUUAUGAGGUUGGUGGAUAUACACAAAUAUAUAGAAAUAAUUUGACAUUUGCAACAGUGAGAGGAGCAGGACAUCAAGUGCCAAGUUUUCAGCCUGCUAGAGCCCUUUCAUUAGCUAAGCACUUCCUUGAAGGAACACAACUCUCCAAUUCUACAACACAUAAAAUAAUAGCCUAGUUAAUUUUUAUUUUUUCAGUUAGUAUAUAUCAAUUUCUCUUUUAGUAAU